AUGAAGUUCUCAGUCGUUGCUUUGGCCUUGGGCCUUAUUCCCCUCAUCUCUGCCAAACGAAGUGGUCAACAUGUUGGAAAGAAGCUUCCAGAGAUCAAGAGGAGUUUCUCCCCUCGAGCUGCUGCUCCUGCUGUUCCCCAGCCGAAGAAGCGACAGGCUCCUUCCUUUCUGACUGAUGCUACAAAGAGUGGGUUAUCACACCGAGCCCAAGAACAGCGCCCUACUAACUUUGAUUUAGAAUUCGCUGUCAACGGCUCUGCGAUUCCAGAAGUCGACUUUGACAUUGGCGAAUCAUACGCCGGUCUCAUGCCCAUCUCUAAUGCCACCGACGCAUCCGAGCUCUACUUCUGGUUCUUCCCUUCAAUAAACCCUGCCGCGAGUAGUGAGAUCCUCAUUUGGUUGAACGGAGGACCAGGAUGCAGUUCACUUGAAGGCUUUCUUCAAGAGAAUGGCCCGUUCUUGUGGCAGUAUGGAACCUUCAAACCAAUUCAAAACCAGUGGUCCUGGACCAACUUGACAAACAUGGUUUGGGUCGAGCAACCUGUCGGGACGGGAUUUUCUCAAGGGACGCCAACUGCGACCUCAGAGAAAGACGUGGCGGAACAAUUCCUUGGCUUCUUCAAGAAUUUUGUCGAUACCUUUGCCAUGCAAGGAUACACCGUUUAUAUUGCCGGAGAGUCCUAUGCAGGUUACUACGUUCCAUACAUUGCGGACGCGAUGUUCAAUGCCAACGACACCGAUUACUACAAUAUCAGCUCCAUCAUGAUUUACGAUCCAAGCUUGAGCUACGACGUGGUUCAGCAGCAUAUUCCCGUCACCUCUUUUGUCGAUUUCUGGGGCCCGCUACUUGACCUAAAUGCCAGUUUCGUGGCCGAUUUGCAUGCCCAGGCGGACGCAUGUGGUUAUACAGCCUUCAUGGACGACUAUCUCGUGUACCCUCCCAAGGGUCCUUUACCCACUCCUCCAAACUAUGACUUGUCCAACGACACAUGUGAUACAUUCGAUGCCGUGUUCAACGCCAUAUCACUGGUCAACCCGUGCUUUGAUAUCUACCAAGUGGCAACCACCUGCCCAUUGCUCUGGGACGUCUUGGGAUUUCCUGGCUCAUUCGACUAUGUUCCCGACGGGGCCUUCAUCUACUUCAACAGGACCGAUGUUCAGAAGGCUAUUAAUGCACCGGUCCAAGAAUGGCUCGAAUGCACCAGUGUCGACGUUUUCGUCAAUGCGACCGACAACUCUGACCCUUCCGCUCUGAGCGUUCUCCCAGGCGUCAUCGAAAAAGCCGACCGAGUGAUAAUCGGCCACGGCCUUCUGGACAUGAUCCUCCUGUGGAACGGCACAUUGCUCGCCACACAGAACAUGACCUGGAACGACGCUCAAGGAUUUUCCACCCCGCCGUCCCAAUGGGAUGACUUUUACGUUCCUUAUCGCACAUCGUAUGAGAAUCAAUUGGGUUCGCUCGCGGGCGCUGGAGUCAUGGGUCAAUAUCACACUGAAAGAGGCUUCACCUUGGUGACCGUCGAUCUUUCUGGCCACAUGAUUCCUCAGUAUGCACCCAGCGCAGCAUAUCGACAGCUGGAAUUCCUUCUCGGUAGGAUUCCCACGCUGGGGACCGUCGGUCCUUUCACAACGAUGCAAGGCGAGAGCUAUUAG